AUGAAACCCAGCGCCAAGCUGUACGGGCUAGAUCAUGCUUUACUCAACGUGGAGUUACCUCCAAAAACCAUGUGGAUGAACAUGGGGUACUGGGAAUCGACGAGUGAAUUUCCAAAGGCUUGUCAAGCUCUACUCGACCAAGUAUUGGCAGCUGGCCUCCAGAAAGAAAAAAGCCAAUCGGUCAGGCUACUAGAUGUUGGAUGCGGAUGUGGUGACCAGUCCCUCUACCUAACUAGCCUUCGGAAAAGCGCUUAUGCCACUAUCAAUUCAUCAUCAACAUCAAGCUUUCAAAAUAUUUCAACUUCUUAUUCGGCUGAUUCAAUCCCGCGGUCUCGUAUCCAGGAAUCAGAUGAAUCAUCGUUACUGAUCGACACCUACAUAGGGAUAACCCUCGAGCCUGCACAGGCUUCACUAGCUCAGCAGCGAGUGGAAAGCAGUCAAGUUGCCUUGAAAAGCACCUCAAAAGGCCCAGUGCCCAGAAUAUUCUGUGCAAAUGCUUCUGAUCCCAAGAGCUGGUCUGAAAACCUACAAGAUUCCAUUUCGGUCCUGGCCAAAUCUUCGCAGGACCCUGAUACAUCUAACUGGCUCCUUGCUCUUGAUACACUUUAUCAUUUUCGCCCUUCUCGUCUUCCUAUUCUCCACUAUACUUGCAAUACGCUCCAUGCUUCGUUUAUGGCUUUUGAUCUUAUUCUCCAGGACGAUGUUCAUUGGUUUCAGCGUCUGCUUCUGCGUCUCUUUUGUUGGGUUUCCAGUGCUCCUUUUGGAAAUAUGAUCCCUAAAGAUCAAUAUAUGCAGCUGUUGAUGGAUGCAGGCUAUGAUUCUUCUCGUAUAGAGAUUACGGAUAUCUCUAGUCAUGUAUUUGCCGGUCUGUCGAACUUUUUAGAUCGGCGAGUGAAAGAGGCUGAGCCAUUUGGGUUCAAGAUGGGUAAAUAUCGUGCGGCGCGGAAGGUAUUUGGUUGGUGGGCAAAGAGUGGGAUUGUCAGAGGAGUUGUGGUUGUUGCGAGAUCUUAG